CGAACGGCGAGCAGCGGCGGCGGCCCGGUGAGGCGCAGCGGAGGUUUUCCUGGUUUCGGACCCCAGCGGCCGGAUGGUGAAAUCCUCCCUGCAGCGGAUCCUCAACAGCCACUGCUUCGCCAGAGAGAAGGAGGGAAAUAAACCCAGCACCACCGUUCACGCCAGCCGCACCAUGCCGCUCCUCAGCCUGCACAGCCGCGGCGGACGCAGCAGUGAGAGUUCCAGGGUCUCUCUCAAUUGCUGUAGUAACCUGGGUCCAGGGCCUCAGUGGUGCUCCGAUGUCCCUCACCCACCCCUGAAGAUCCCAGGUGGGCGAGGGAAUAGUCAGAGGGAUCACAAUCUUUCAGCUAAUUUAUUUUACUCUGAUAAUAGGCUGAAUGUAACAGAGGAACUAACGUCUAAUAACAAGACGAAAAUUCUCAACGUCCAGACCAGGCUCACAGAUGCCAAACACAUUAACUGGAGAGCGGUGCUGAGCAGCAGCUGCCUCUACAUUGAGAUCCCAGGCGGUGCUCUGCCAGAGGGGAGCAAAGACAGCUUUGCAGUUCUUCUCGAGUUUGCUGAGGAGCAGCUGCAUGUUGACCAUGUCUUCAUUUGCUUCCACAAGAACCGUGAUGACAGAGCCGCUCUGCUCCGUACCUUCAGCUUUAUGGGCUUUGAGAUUGUGAGACCGGGGCAUCCCCUUGUCCCCAAGAGACCCGACGCUUGCUUCAUGGCAUACACGUUUGAGAGAGAGUCUUCUGAUGAGGAUGAGUAGCAGCUGCGCCGCCUACGCCCUUCCCCUUUGCCACCACUGACAGAUCAUCACAGACCACAGCCCCUUUUUGUGUCUCGCUUUGUGCGAGUGGUGUGACCAACUGCUGCGCUGGGGUGCAAAUGCCAGCUUGUUCCCUUCUGGGUUUGUCCGCAUGUUAUAAUUGUGCAAAUAAACGCUCACUCCAAAUUAGCGAUAUA